UCCCACGCUGACCCUCCCGCCGCCCGCACGGGUACCCGCAGCCGCCGCAGCUCCCGGGGCGGAGACACGAGCUCUGGGUCGCUCGGCGGCUCCUGUUGGGUCGGCGGCGUGACGGACUCACUGCGGCGUGUCGUCCGCGCCGCCAAGCUCGUAGCGCGCCCGCCCUCCCGGCCGGCCGAGCUCCCGCUUGCGUCCCCGGCUGGUCCGGGAGAUCCGGGUACCGCUUCGACGGCGGCUUCGCCGGACCCGCGACCCCGGUCUCAGCCCGCGCCUCGAGCGGACGGCGUCAUGAGGCACCUGCCGUAUUUCUGCCGCGGCCAGGUGGUGCGGGGCUUCGGCCGCGGCUCCAAGCAGCUGGGCAUCCCUACAGCCAACUUUCCGGAACAAGUAGUUGACAAUCUCCCAGCUGAUGUAUCCACUGGCAUUUAUUAUGGUUGGGCCAGUGUUGGAAGUGGAGAUGUCCAUAAGAUGGUGGUGAGCAUAGGAUGGAACCCGUACUACAAAAAUACAAAAAAGUCCAUGGAAACUCAUAUCAUGCACACCUUCGAAGAGGACUUCUAUGGGGAAAUCCUCAAUGUGGCCAUCGUUGGCUACCUCAGACCUGAGAAGAACUUCGAUUCUUUAGAGUCCCUUAUUUCAGCAAUUCAAGGUGAUAUCGAGGAAGCCAAGAAACGACUAGAUUUACCAGAACAUUUGAAAUUGAAAGAAGAUAAUUUCUUCCGGGUUCCUAAAAGCAAAAUAAUGAAUGGCCACUGAUGAAAAAUCAUCUUAUUCUUAUUUAUUCAUUCACUGUGUUCUAGUAUUUUACUACUCAUAACUGCUCAGUUGUUAUAUUUUAAAAAUCAAACAUUUUCCUACAGCUGUGAAUUAAACAGUACAAUGUACUUACCACAUUAUGCUUCAACUGUUCAAAUUCAACGCAUCAUGCUAUAGUACUAAAAUGAUUCAUUUUAAAAAUCAAGCUUCUUUUUUAUGCAAUAUGUCAUUUAAAAUGUACCACUAGACAGGUCUUAAGUGUCUUAUAAUGGGAAUGAAAUGUAUAUAAUUAUGGGUAAAAAGGCAAGUCACUGGUUUUGAGAUGAGGACUAUAAUUCUCAUGGUAAAAAGUAGCGUGUAUGUAUCUGUGUAGGAUGUGCUGCUAACUAGAGAAGGCUUGUAAAUAAGUGUAUUCACCAGAGCUUUGAGAGUUUAUUGUAAACCUAAGGGGGAAAAUCCAUACUUUAUAUUUUUGAUAUCUGGUAUGUUAAUAUAUUACAAAUAGACGUGGGGUUUCACUGUAGUUAGUCAUUUCCUCUAUGAGGUCAAAUCAUUGUACUGUGUUCCAUUUUUGUAAACAGCUGACUCAGUUCCAGUUGGUCUAGACUUCCUCAUCCUAUCAUCUGUCUGCUAGAGCAGUAAAAUGAGUGUUUUUCUAAAUCCCUAUGUUGCAUUUCUGUGUGGUAUAACAUUUGUCCUUUUUAGGGUCGAUGUUCAACGUUUUUCUUGAUUUUGGUUCUGUUUUCCUUGAAACAGUUGUCAAUGUCAGGGUUAUUUUUUUUUUUGUUUUCCCUAUUCCAUUUAGAAUGUUCUACAGCUAUACACUUGGACAAAAGAUGGUGCCUAUAUCAUUCCAUCCCUUCGCCCCGUGAACAGUGACUAAGUGCAAAGCUGUAUUGCAUUGUAGGGAAAAAAAUGCCCAGAACUUCAUCCUUAGGUUUCCUCAUGUUCAGGGUGAGCACACAGUGGAUGAUUUGUAUAUACCAGUUUCUUGAAGAACACAAACAUUUGUUUUCCCCCUAGAGAAACCUUUUAAGAGCCAAUUAAAUUAUGAAACAGUUAUUUAUUUUUAAUGUAAUUAUAUAUUCCUGAGCAAAUGUAAACUGUCGUAGCUGUGUACGCACAAUGUAAUUUAAUGCUAAACAGUGCUUGUAGCUUGGGGAAAAGGCAUACAUAAUAAAGCUUUAGUUAAAUAAUCCUCACGCUAUGCAUUUUUUCUUCCUCCUAACUAAGAAGCAGUAUUUGGCUACUUGGGACACUGUUUAUAUUGGCAGAAAACUGAAGUCUUUGGAUAUUUAGGAAAUUGAGACGACAGCUUGUUUGGCCCCCCUGAAACAGUACAUUGUGCUCUCGUUCGCUUAAGCACCAGAUUUGGUGUGGGGAAGGCGAGCAGGAAGACAGAGAAGGUAAUUUUAAAAGUAACUCAUCAUCGAGCAUUUUCUCUAAUCGGCAUAGAGAACUGAUGUUAACAAACACACAAAGCAGAAAAAUACCUAAAACAUCUGGAGAAAGGGGAAGCAUGGGUAAAUUUAGUUGGAUUGUGUUUUUCUGUUUGGUGUAUGAAUUUAUGGCGGACAAUGUAGUGUGUGUCCUACUUCCCUUAUGAAAAUACUUAGGAAAUGUAAUUUGAUGUUAGGGAGCCUAUGCUUGAAAGAAGCCUCGAUUACUAGUGGCUUUACAAAGCAAAGAUAAAAACAGACAUGGAAAGUGUAAAAACGGAUUUGUAUUUGUAUAGCCUGCUGCUAAUCACGUCCUCACUAAGUGUGUGGGAAGUCUUUGCUGUUGUCACCUUGCAGUUUGAAAAUUGUAUAUCGUGAGGUGCAGGAGUUAAUAGUGUCUACACUUCUUAAAGUUUUACGUGGCGUAUGUAUGAUGAGAAAUAGCAGUAAUACCAUUUUUUAUUAAUCUGAAUGAUUUCAGGCCUUGAAAUAAAUCUGAACCAGGUGACGUUUCUUUGCA